UCCUACCUUUUCCAUAGCCUUCUUCCCGGCAUCCUUUGCAUGCAUAACCCGCGGUCUUCUAUGCCCUUGACAUAUAGAGGCCAAGAUGGCGAGUGCCACUAGUAUCAUCCAGCGGAUUCGCAACUGGGCAGCGGGGCGAAACUUGCAAGCCAAACUGCAGCUACGCUACACAGAGAUCUCUAAGCGGACUCAGCCUCCUCCAGCCCUUCCUGUUGGCCCCAGCCACAAGUUCGCCGACAAUUAUUACUGUACUCGGGACGGGCGCCGGCUGACUUCCCCUCCAAUUGUCAUUGUUUCAUCGCAGAAAACUUUGGCCCCGGGAGACCAGGCGGCCAGGCUGGAAUCCGCCCUGGCAGUCGCCGAGAAAGGACCGGUGACACCCGGCUCCGUGCCUCGGAAACUGGAGCUGUCCAAAGACGAACCGUACCUGUGAAUGAAUUAGGAUGGCUCAAGGCAGGAUAAGUGGCUGCAGGUGUGACCCUGCAUGGAAACAUUUUUGGCCCCAGGAGACUUUCUGGUUUGUUUGGUGUGUAGCUGAUUAAAGAGACUCAAUGCUGAA